AUGGUUCCGCUGCUAUCCCUACUAAACGUCGCCGUUUUCGCCUUGGCCACAGGUAUAGGCGCGACAACUGACGCCAGCGAAUCUGCAACUUCAGGAGCUUCGUUCCCGAGCCUCCGCGACGUGACGCUUGAAGAUCUUCAGCAUGGGUUCGAGCAGGGCUGCUUCUCUAGUACAGACCUAGUCGAGGUGUAUCUCGAGCGCAUCCGGCAGGUCAAUGAGCAGGUGAACGCUGUCACGGAAGUCAACCCGGACGCGAUCGACAUUGCCAAACGACUGGAUAAUGAGAGGGCGCGGAACGCCAUCCGUGGGCCUCUGCACGGGAUUCCCAUCCUGCUCAAGAACAACAUUGCCACGCUAGACAAGAUGAAUAACACGGACCAAGCUGGAUCAUACGCUCUGCUCGGAGCCACCGUCCCACGCGACUCCACGAUAGCGAGGAAGCUCCGCCAGGCAGGGGCCGUCAUCCUCGGCAAAGCCAACCUCAGCCAGUGGGCCAACUACCGCUCUUCCAACUCGACCAACGGCUGGUCCGCACUCGGCGGCCAGGUCUACGCAGCAUACCACCCGAAGCAGGACCCCAGCGGCAGCUCGAGCGGAAGCGGCGUGGCUGUCGACCUGGGCCUUGCCUUUGCGGCCGUUGGCACCGAGACGAGUGGCUCGAUCUUGUCGCCGGCAGAACGCAAUAACAUCGUGGGCAUCAAGCCUACCGUUGGACUCACCUCGCGCCACCUCGUCAUCCCCAUCUCGGAGCACCAGGACACAAUCGGACCCAUGGCGCGGACGGUGAAAGACGCGGCGCACCUCCUCCAGGCCAUGGCGGGACAGGAUCCUCGGGAUAACUACACUUUGGCGAUUCCCUUUAUCCCGGACUACGCCGCUGCGUGCGACACAGAGGCCCUCGACGGCGCUCGCAUCGGCGUGCCUUGGAACGUCGUUUUGACGGCAGACAAACCCGAGGAUCAAAUCUCCUCUCCCGAGCUGGAAGCCUUCAGGGCCUCGAUAAAGGUCUUGCAAGACGCUGGAGCGAUAGUCGUCGAGGCCAACUUCACUAUCGACAAGAAUCCCGACCACGCCCGCAACGGCGACAUUGUGCUUCAAGCAGACUUUAUGACCAACUUGGCCAGUUACUUAGACAAACUCACUUCCAACCCGCAGGAGUUGCACACACUCGCCCAGGUACGCGAGUUUACGCGCAAGACACCCGUAGAGCAGUAUCCAAACCGCAACACGGGCCUCUGGGACCCCAUCAUCGACAAGCUUGGCUUCAACAACACAGACGCGCGCUUCUGGGCCGCCUACCAGAGCGUUUUGAAGUCGGCGCAGACCAACGGCAUUCUCGGUGCGCUAACGAGGCACAAUCUUAGCGCUGUCGUGCUGCCCACGUCGCUGGCGCCGGAAUGGGUUGCCGCCAUCGGCGCACCAGGCGUGACGGUGCCGAUGGGGUAUUUCCCGGCGUCGACCGCCGUGACCAUGGAGCCUCGCGGCGAGCUGGUGGAGGCGGGCCCGUCGAUUCCGUUUGGAUUGAGUUUCCUGGGACGGCGCUGGUCCGAGGCGCAUUUAAUUGCGCUGGCACAUGGCUUCGAGCAGCGGACCUGGGUCAGGGGCCGAGUGAGGCCACUGGUGAUGCCUGAGGCCGAGGUCGCCGAGUCUGCCGCCUGCCAGAUGCCCAGAGCCGGGUACCAUAGAGCAAGGGUUGUGGCGAGCUCGUGA